AUGUUUGGUGAUGACGAUAUUUUCUUCGAGGUCGGGGGCGACUCUGUCUUGGCACAAAGGUUAAUCACAGCUGCAAGACGCCAAGGCAUACACCUCACCAUGGAACAGAUAUUCCUGAAUGCCGCGCUGGCUGACAUGGCAGAGGUGGCCCGUGUGGUGAAUUCGACUGUUGAACAAACUGAAGAAGGCCUCGAGGCUGCUUCAGGUGUGCCGUCACCCUUGGGCGACCAUAUCACCCUCAAGGAUAGGGAGAUCUUGGCCAAAAAGUGCAACGUUGCCGCUCAGGACAUCGAGAAGGUGUACCCAUGCACUCCUAUGCAGGAGUCCCUCUUGGCAGAGUUUGACGAUAGGAAGACGCUGUACAUGAGGCAGUUCGUGUUCAAGCUCGACAACCAUGUUGCUCCCAACCAUUUCCGGCAGGCUUGGGAAGAUACCAUUCAAGCAAACCCAGUCCUGCGAACCAGGAUCUGCCAACUUGAGGACGGGACUGGCAAUCUUCAAGUUGUGUUGAGCAACGACCUGGGACAAUGGGAUAGCGUCGAUGUUGACCUGAAGUGGUUUCUGGAAAGAGACGCUGCUAGCCCCAUGCUCCCAGGCGACCCGUUCUUUCGCUACACCGUCGUGGAGGACAAAGAUCCUGAUGGGGAUAUUCAACGACAUUUCGUGUGGACGGUGCAUCAUGCUCUUUGCGAUGGAGCCUCUAUUCCCGAAGUCCUCGACGACGUUUCCAGACGGUUUCGCAGUGAACCCACCGUGGAACGCCAACCAUUUGAGGCUUUCGUCCGUUCCUCAACUGUCACCCCGGACCUCUCGUCAGAGCAGAGCUUCUGGAAGAGAUCGUUGUCUGGUCUCAAUCCAACACCUUACCCGCCUAUCCCGCAGGAUCCCCACUUCCAUGCUGACCCGGCAUCACUGUUUGAGCGGACGUUCGUGUUGGACUUUAGCCCACUGCAUGGCGCUACAAAAGCUCUGAUGCUCCGAGCAGCCUGGGCAAUUCUCCUUUCACACUAUACCGGCACCGAAGAUGUGGGCUUUGGAGCCGUCAACAACGGUCGAACAGCUACAGUCCCAGGAGUCUCCAAGAUGACUGGCCCUACCAUCAACCUCGUUCCGAUUGCGUUGCAUGUCGAUCCCCAGGAACCAGUCGCCUCUUUCCUGUCGCGGGUGAGAGUUCAGGCCGCUGAGAUGAUACCAUUUGAGCAUGCAGGCAUCUCCAGAAUACGAAAGCAUUUAGCCGGCACUGAGACGACGGCCGUUAACUUUCAGACGUUGUUCGUUGUUCAUCCAAUGAGUUUCGACGAUGCGAUUGGGGCUGCGACACAAACGCUGGGUCUCAAGUAUAUCGAUGCGCUUGGCAAAAAAGAGCAUCACCCAUACCCGCUUGUCAUCACUCUGACAUUGUCAGCUGGAAACAAUGUGAAGCUGGCAGUUCAACAUGAUGAAAGAUUGGUUCCGAUUCAACAAGCCGAAAACAUGGUACACCAUUUUGAGGUUGUUCUGAAACAGCUGGGCAGAUCCACCAAAGAUGCCAAGUUGGCAUCUAUAUCUCCUUUUAGUGAUCACGACCUGCGCCAAAUUCGGCGGUGGAAUGCAUUUACACCCCCGGUAGAGGAGACAACGAUACACCAUCUCUUCCAGCAGCAGGUCAAGAGGCAGCCCAACACAGUGGCGGUCUGUUCAUUAGAGGGCUCCCUAACGUACCUCGAGGUGGACGAGCAUUCCUCCUCGUUGGCGACACAGCUGGUGGAUGCUGGUGUGAGCACGGGUACUUUUGUGGGCGUGUGCUUCGACAAAUCUAUCUGGACAGUGGUGGCCAUCUUGGCAGUCUUCAAGGCAGGUGGCAUCUAUGUCCCAAUCGAUCCUGCGCAUCCUCGAAGCCGCAUCGAAGAAUCGGUCGAGAGGGUUGGCAUUGAGGUAGCUCUCGCUUCCGAUGUCGGCGCAAGGGUCCUCGAUGGACUGUGUCGCUAUGUCAUCACCUUGAAUGGUCCCCCUCCGGCGCCCAGGGCUGAUGCCAUCCCACCGUUUAACUCGGUACCGUCCAGUAUCGCCUACCUCCUCUUCACCUCUGGUAGCACAGGCAAACCGAAAGGCCUUCUCAUGCCUCACUCCGCAAUUUGCACUUCGAUUGUACAUCAUGGCCGGGAAUUUGCAGCCGGUCCGCAUUGGAGAACGCUCCAGUUUGGAGCUCACACGUUUGAUCUUUCCAUUGGCGAGUUCUUCACCACCCUUGCCCAUGGCGGUUGUAUCUGUGUGCCAUCCGAAGAAGACAGACUGAACAACCUAGCCGGGGCCAUCACAGCGUUGAAUGCCAACACGAUGCUUGUUGUCCCCACGGUUGCAAACCUCCUUCACCCCAUGGACGUGCCAACUAUCAGAACAAUUGUUCUCGCCGGCGAACCCAUUACAAAGGAGACCGUCACCCGAUGGGCCGACUCAGUUGAUCUGACAUGUGCCUAUGGUCCCUCUGAGACAGCCGUGUGGUGUUCGGGGAAUCUGAGGGUAUCAACAGAUGCACACCCCGGAAAUAUCGGCAAGGCCAUCGGAGCCAGUAUGUGGAUUGUCAAUCCUGAGGACUACCACCAACUGAGCGCGAUCGGAUGCGUGGGUGAGAUCGUGAUUUCCGGAGGACUUCUUGGCGGAGGGUAUUUUGGCGACAAAGCCCUCACUGAUGCUGCCUGGGUACCAGCUCCAAGCUGGCUCAAAGAGCUAGGUUCAGGAUAUGACAUGCUGUACAGGUCGGGUGACCUCGCUCGGUACAACCCUGAUGGUACCUUUCAGAUUGUUGGCCGACGCGAUACGCAGGUCAAGUUGAGAGGAUUUCGCAUCGAGCUGGGUGAGAUUGAGAAUCAGCUUAUGGCGACAGGUAUGAUCACCGCCGCUCUUGCUGCUCUUCCAACCGCGGGACCUUGUGCUCGAAACAUCGUCGCUAUUGUCUGCUCGGCCAAGUCAAACUUGAAGAACCAUAAUCAUAUCGAUAUCGUCGUGUCAAAGGAGGAACGACCUCUUCUGGAGAGGCUGAAGGUCCGCCUAUCUCGGUCGCUUCCCGAUUACAUGAUUCCCACCAUUUGGGUGGCGCUGGAGCAAAUGCCUCUGCUCAUUUCAGGGAAAAUAGACCGAAAGUCGAUCAAGACCUGGGUCCAGAAUAUGGACUAUGGCCUUCAUCGGGAACUCGUCGAAGAUCCCGACGCCGAGGCGGGGCAAGGCACUAUUGUUCCCGGGUCGUUGGCGGAGAGUUUGCGUCAACUUUGGAGUGAAGUGUUGCAUGUACCAGAAGAGCAUAUUGAGCUCGGGACGUCUUUCAUUGCGAUUGGAGGAGAUUCGAUUGCUGCCAUACAAAUUGCAUCGCAAGCCAAGAAGAAAUGGGGAUUGUCGGCCACAGUCCGCAGUAUCAUCAGCACAAAGACGUUGGGACAUCUUGUUGAGCUUGUGGAAGAAAGCAAUAAAGCCUCGAUCCCAAUAUCGCCACCAGAGCCCACCCAGCUUCGCCAAUGGGUCGGAGAUGAUGAGUCGCUGCCUGCCAUCUACCGCCACAUCCUCCAUUCGCGACUGCAAGACAAGCCGUCAGUGACAAUCGAACAUGUAUAUCCUUUCGCGCCCUUCCAGAGAGAGAUCCUGAAGGCCAGAAAGUUCAACCCAGCCGUUUUCCUACUGUCGUGGCGCAUGGAAGUCUUCUCACUUGCCAAUCAGCCUGUGGCACUUGAGAGACUUGCCCAAGCAUGGAAACGUGUGGUUCAGAAGCAUACCAUCUUGCGCAGCAUAUUCCUCGAAGACCCAAGUGGCAAUCUUCCACCGGUCCAGGCAGUAUUGAAGAAAGCAGAACCGGAGAUAGCGAUAUCCUCGGCAUCCGCCGAAGAGCCCGAGCCCACUUUCAUCAGCACCCAAACACCACUAGUAGAUGACUGCUUCCUGCCUCAUCGAGCCCACUUCAUCCAACAUGGCGAGAGAUUCUUUGUUCACAUCGAGCUUGAUCACCUGGUCAUAGACGGGUGGUCACUCAAGCUUAUCAAGGAAGCUUUCCUGUCCGCAUAUGAGGAGAAUGGAGAGGGCGUCCUUGUUUCGGAUGAGCCUCCACCCUAUGGCGCCUUUGUCGCUGCUCAUCACCCAGAUCGUGUUAGCGCGGACAAUGAACACUGGGCCUUGGUACUCCGUGAUCAGAAACCGUCUCUGUUGCCUCCCCCGGUCGGGUAUCCACAAGCACAUCCAUCCCUGCACAGCACCGAGAAGACCAUCAUCUACCUCCCCGAGAUCCAAGCCUCCUCUCUCAAGCCAUUCAGCUUCCAACACUCCAUUACACCUGCCAGCAUCUUCGACGCCGCCUGGGCACAGACUCUGAGCGCCUACACGAACUCGAGUAGUGUGGCAUUUGAGUAUGUCGUUUCUGGGCGUGAUGAAGAUGUGCCUGGAGUAUUUGAUAUUGUUGGCCCGCUUAUCAACGUCCUCCCAUAUCACAUCGACCACGUGUUAAGUGACGGGGAUCCAGAGCAGUUGGCGAGGCUAGCCCAGCGAAUGCAGUCCCAGCGGGACGAAGAUAGUUCUCAUACUUCAAGCAACGUGAGAGAGGUUAUUGAGACUGAGCUGGGUGCGAAGAAGCUGUUCAAUACGGCGGUGAACUUCCAGAGAAGACCGACAGCUGUCGAAACGUCGAGCCUGAGAGUAGAUGACGAUCUGAGAAAGUCGAGGGAUCCUUGGCAUUUUGAUGUGUUGGUGAGGGUCAUGCACAUUACUGAUGAUGAUACCUUCAAGCCAUCAUUCGAGUUCGAUGAGCUGUUGUUCGACAAGGAUGGUAUGACGAAAGUAGCUGAGGAUUUUUGGGGUAGAGUGAAGGCUCUAGUAGCAUAG